AUGUCGUCCUUCGAGACUGUUGUCGUCAUUGAUGGCAAGGGCCACCUCCUCGGCCGUCUGGCCAGUAUCGUCGCCAAGCAGCUCCUCAGCGGCCAGAAGAUUGUCAUCGUCCGCUGCGAGGACCUGAACAUCUCUGGCGAAUUCUUCCGCUCCAAGCUGAAGUACGCCGCCUACCUGCGAAAGAUGACUCGAUACAACCCGACUCGAGGUGGUCCCUUCCACUUCCGCGCCCCGUCGAGAAUCUUCUACAAGGCCGUCCGUGGCAUGAUCCCCCACAAGACUGCCCGAGGUGCUGCCGCGUUGGAGCGACUGAAGGUCUUUGAGGGUGUUCCCCCUCCCUACGACAAGCAGAAGAAGAUGGUUGUUCCCCAGGCCCUCCGUGUCCUGAGACUGCAGCCCGGCCGAAAGUUCUGCACUGUCGGCAGACUGAGCCACGAGAAUGGCUGGAAGUACCAGGAUGUUGUAGCUCGUCUGGAGGAGCGCCGCAAGGCAAAGGGUGCUGCCUACUACGAGCGCAAGAAGCUGGCGACGAGACAACUAUCGGAGGCCAAGAAGAACGCCAAGGUCGACAACAAGACGGCCAAGACCCUCGCGGGUUUCGGCUACUAA